CCACCGCAAAGCAGGGAUAAUCGUGAUAUAUAUCCGCGAACGACAUUUUCGGUCCGCCUAUGAGAAAUUGUUUGCAGAAAACAACAUCCUGCGCUCACAGUGCGCGAAUAUGUCUGUGGCUACAUGAAUAACUUGCUGCUUGGACUGUCGUAGAGGUGUUUUCCAAUCUGAAACUUGAAAUUGAACUUAUUCUGCCGGAUUACUUCGACACAUCAGAUUCAGAAGUAGUGGAAUUGACGAGUAGAUUUCGUUGACAGAGUUCUUUCCUUCAACAUCUGUACCAGUAAUCAGGCAGUGCUUUGUAGCCAGUUUCAAUAGUUGCUAGGGACGAUUGCUUGGCUCCUACAGUCUAGAAGGAUGUGCGCUCUACCUGCUUUGCACCUGCUCUUCGCGCGUUCCCAGUCCACUGGAACGAGUACCAGAUGUUUAAGCGUUGACGUGAGUAUAGCCUGUAAUGUCCCACCUCGUGGAAAUGCGAAAUUAAAACUAGGUCAUCUAGCUGUAGAAUCUUUUAGCUCACGACACUGCUUAUACACCGUCUAGUCAAAUGCGGACUCAGAGUAUGGGACCUUUUGCAAUGUAUCAGUGAUUCUCUCACAUGAAAGGGUCUGAAAUGCACAUCAUGAGCUUUCGGGACAAUUCUUGAAGAUCCAGUCCUCUCGGAAGCAGAAUCUGAGUUUGAACUGCCAGACACUGAACUUCCUUUUUCUGUUGGUGAUAAAUAAAGCAGCGGCUGGUCCAGGCCUCGAAACUGCGGGCUUGUAAAAUACUUGUAAAAUCUUAGCGGGUUGGUGAAGUUUGGCAAAUAUGCAGGCUGUAGCAGGGACUGUGGUCUGCACCUCAUCACUUUGCCGUUCCGAUGCCUACCGAAUCGGUCCCUUACCUAGUGCUCGCUUGUGCUCCGAAGGACGAAGGCUGCAGGCAGUUUCUGGCCAGCAAAGCCCUCAAGGCUUCAGUUUAAGACCUUGGAGAUGUAGAUCACCAGUAGUGCGCCUAUGCCAAUCAUCUGAAUGUGCAGAGAAAGUCGAUUUGGGAAUUCAAAUGAACAAAGCAACCGAAGUCUCUGUUAGCACAUGGAACGUUGGCAAAGGUUUGGCUUUGUUGGGGAGUGGAGGUAUCACAUUGUGGACAUCAGCAGCCGUAGCCGAAGAGAUUGUGGUCGAUGCGUCAGGCCAAGGAGGGGAAGUGGCGGCUGACACGGUUCUCAGCUUGUUGUUUACUGCUGCCUUCAUCGGCCUUAGCAUUCUAACAAUUGGUGUUCUUUAUCUCUCUAUAUCAGACUUCCUAGAGAAGAGAGAAAGGGAUGCUAUGGCUAAAGCAGCUGGAUCGGAUCAAGACAAACUGGGUGCACCCGUGACGCAGAAAGGAGAUCGUCUUACGCCGAAGGGGUUCGGCAAGAAGGUUGAGAAGGUUGAGAAGGAAAAGAAGGUGGAGCAAAAGAGUUAAGACACAUAUGUACUGGAGAAAAUCUGGCACCCACCAGAUCCCUGAUCUUCUCACUCCUCAUGUCCUCAAUUCAAAUCUUUUUGACCGAAUUUUGUAUGGAAUCCUUCGGUUUGAGGCAUCGUCCGUCAGUGCCUACUCUUUCAAGGACCGAAAGCUCUCAGAUAAGUUCAGAUGCACUGAAGUUUGUAAAUUCUAGCGCAGGAUUGGAGUUUUUUCGGACUCUCUUGCGAUGUGCCUGCAACUGUAAGGCACAACCUACGAGCAGUAAUAUGCUACUGCACGUUUUUUGUGGUUUAUAGUUCUUCCAUGGUUGUUCAUGGGCUGCAUUUGAGGAGAAUAGCUUCUCAGAUUUCGACUUGCACAAUUAAAAAUAUAUUUGCAGAUCAGGCGCCUAGUUCUGUGAUCAAGAAUUGUUCUCAAGAAGACAGGCAUUUAGUCCAUCUGUG